GGCCGCACUUUCGCGGGAGAGCAACAACAAACACCGACAAGGAACGCCCGGCUCCCAUGACCGCCAGCGCCCCGCCCCGCCGCUCCCCGUCGCCCGCCUUUCCCGACGGCAGCCAGCGGGGCGGAGCGGCGGGAAGGGAAGGGUGCGGAGCCAGGAAAUAAACGGUUUCUGAUGCAAGGAAAACGAUGAAAUUUGGUUGCCUUUCCUUCCGGCAGCCCUAUGCAGGGUUAGUUUUAAACAAAGUCAAAACAGUAGAGACUCGCUGGCGUCCCGUGCUCGCAGGCUACAAGAACUGCACCGUUGCUAUUCAUAUAGCUGUUAAGGACUGGGAAGAUGAAACCUGGAGAGCGAUUCUUUUGAAUAGGUUCGGUAUGACACCAAAACAAGUGCAAGAUUUGUUGGAUAAAGGAGAAAAAUUUGGCAGAGGAGUUAUUGCAGGAUUAAUUGACAUUGGAGAGACAUCGCUAUAUCCAGAAAACUUGCCUUCUGAAAAGAUUCUGGAGCUAGAAAACAAAGCUGUUCUCAGUAAUCUAGAACAGAAAUAUUUGACUGUUGUUUCAAAUCCAAGGUGGCUCCUGGAACCGAUUCCUGCCAAGGGCAGAAGAGGUGUGUGGCAGGUGGACAUCCCUGAAGAACUGAUCCCUUCAGAAGCAUAGUAGAAGCCAUCUACCCUAGCAACUAGACUGUCCUGCCAGCCAGCCGAAAGGAACUGACCAACUGACAGAAUCUCCAGGGAAAAUUCUCCAACACCCCAAGCUGCGCUGCUGUGA